CCCCAGUCUCCUCCUCCUCCUCCUCUGCCCCUUCUUCUCCCCCCACUCGUUCUGCUUUCACGCUCCCAUCGCUGUCGCUCUCUCCGCCCGCUGCUGCCCCCGAGGAUUGUUCGUGUCGGUUUUUUUUUUGAACGAAUUCAAGCCGCGUCGCUUCCCAAGCGCCAAAUCCGCCCGCUGAUUUGGGUUUGGGGCUACCGAGAGUUGGAUUUGUUGCAUGCCGAGUAGAUGAUGUUCACCGAGGGGCUAGAUCGAGACGCGCUCAAGUGGGUGCGGGAGGGCCACGGCACGGCGCUCCACAGCCACGACCGCGUCGACGCGCUGCGCGCCGUGCGCGGUGCGGCCGGCCUCGGCAUGCCGCCGCCUGAGAAGUUCAGGAGCGGCCACCUGCCACGCGCGGCGGUGCCGCCGACCGCGCUGCGCACCGACGACGGGAGCCUCUCCUCCGCGUCCGACAUGGACGAGUCUUCGGACGCUGAGGACGUCGAGGUCUGCAGCGGCAGGUACUCCGUGGACUCCUCGCCCCGCCGCAACGACAUCCCCCGCCGCACGGCCGUUCCCCUUUACCGUUACGCCAAUGUGCCCGGGCAGCAGAAUUACUAUUCCAGUGACGGCUAUUCGGAUCUGAGCUCCUCGAGAGAUACGGCUUUGCCAAGGGCGAAGCCACAACAGGUUCGGCGGCCACAGGCACGUCCUGCUGGGUACGUCGAGGAGGAGGAGUAUUCAGAUUCUGCAGGCAGCUCCGAGUUUUCAAGCCAGGUCGUGGGCCGGAGCAAGGGCGGGUAUGCAUCAGAGUAUUCCCAUACUGGCCCAGUCCGAAGAGAAGUGAACAAUGCGGUUCCUAAGCCUCGUAUGGCAGGCAAGCCCUCCAACUCGAGCGCUUACCAGCCAGAUCACUAUUCUGCUCAAGUCACUGCUCGAGGCAAUGCCAAACCUUCUCCUAAAAUGGAUGGCUUAUCUGAUGUCCCCAGUGCACCACCAAUACAUGAUUAUGGUCAGGAAACUUCCCCAGCUCCUCGCUGUGAUACAAGACCUUCUGCAAGUGCAAAAGUUCCAGAAAGUUCAACUGUUGUAAAAGAGGAACAGGACGAUGGUAUUGUGGGAAGUAACUUGCCUGAAAAAACUGAACGGAGCACUUUAAAUGGAAGGCACUCCAGCAGGCCAUCAAGUUCAGUUCCUAUCCGGGUCCCCACAUUUCAUGCCAGCUUGCAAGGCCCCUGGUAUUCCGUGCUUGCAUAUGAUGCAUGUGUUCGCCUGUGCCUUCAUGCGUGGGCGAGAGGCUGCAUGGAAGCUCCAGUUUUUCUAGAAAAUGAGUGCACGCUGUUGCGAGAUUCAUUUAGCUUGCAAGAUGUGCUGCUACGGUCUGAAGAGGAGCUCAUGGCAAAACGGACAUCGGAACUAGUCACUGAAGGAGCUGCAUCAAAACCCAAGAAAACUGUAGGCAAAAUGAAGGUUCAAGUUCGCAAAGUUCGAAUGUCUGUAGAUAUGCCUUCCGGCUGCAGUUUUUCAUCAUUGCCAGUGGUGAAACUAGAUUCUGUUCGACACCGUUUGUCGAAUGUACAAUCAACAUUCUCGUCUGGAUGGGAGUCAGUUAGAAGAGUUCAAGUUUUACCAGCGGUACCUUCUAACAGUUCCUUCUCGAAGCAUAGCUUGGCGUACAUGCAAGCAAGUGCUCAAUAUAUCAAGCAGGUAUCUGGUCUGCUAAAAGUUGGUGUCACUACCCUGCGCAGCAGUUCAUCUUAUGAAGUACAACAAGAGACAUAUUCCUGCAAACUGAGGCUUAAAAGCUCACCUGAAGAUGACGUGGUACCAAUGCAACCAGGAUCUGGCGAAACACACGUCUUCUUUCCGGAUAGCCUGGGAGAUGAUUUGAUCAUUGAUGUGUCUGAUUCUAAUGGAAAACCCUGUGGACGCGUCGUUGCUCAAAUUGCUUCAAUGGCUGAGGAACCUGGUGACAAACUUCGCUGGUGGUCAAUAUAUCGGGAGCCAGAGCAUGAACUUGUGGGACGCAUACAUCUGUAUGUCCAGUACACAACUGCUGCAGAUGAAAACAACACAAAGUAUGGCUCUGUUGCAGAGACUGUGGCAUACGAUAUUGCUUUGGAAGUUGCAAUGAAAGCACAACACAUUCAGCAAAGGAAUCUUGUCUUGCAAGGUUCUUGGAAAUGGUUGUUGACAGAAUUUGCAUCAUACUAUGGGGUUUCAGAUGCCUAUACUAAGUUGAGGUACCUCUCGUAUAUUGUGGAUGUUGCAACCCCUACUGCUGAUUGGCUCAAUCUGGUUCAUGAGCUUUUGUUGCCAGUACUAAUGAAGAGCCAUGGUACUGCUACACUGAGCCACCAAGAGAAUCGGAUUCUAGGGGAAGUCGAGGAGCAAAUUGAGCAGACUUUAGCAAUGGUAUUUGAGAAUUACAAGUCGCUUGAUGAGUCUCUGCUAUCUGGUUUAGUGGAAGGUUUUAGGCCUCCAACCGGAUUGACUGCGUCAGCUUUGGAGCCAGCUAUAAAGCUGUACAGUCUUCUCCAUGAUGUGCUAUCUCCGGAGGCACAGCUGAGAUUAUGUGGUUACUUUCAGGCUGCUGCCAGGAAGCGAUCUAGGAGGCACAUGCUUGAAACAGAUGAAUUCGUGGCUGGAAAUUCUGAAGGCAUUAAAAUGGACUUGAUGACCUUCAGGACAGCUUACGAGAAGAUGAAAUCAUUAUGCCAUAAUAUACGAAAUGAAAUUUUUACAGACAUUGAAAUUCAUAAUCAGAACAUACUUCCGAGUUUUGUCGACCUCCCCAAUCUGGCUGCCUCCAUAUAUAGUGUGGAGCUCUCAAAUAGGCUACGUUCGUUCCUUGUUGCCUGUCCCCCUACUGGUCCUUCAUCUCCUGUUUCAGAUUUGGUGAUUGCUACUGCAGAUUUUCAGAAGGAUCUUUCUAGUUGGAACAUUUGCUCUAUUAAAGCUGGUGUUGAUGCAAAAGAGUUGUUCCAUUUGUACAUUGUAUUAUGGAUUGAAGACAAACGUAGGACACUGCUCGAAAAUUGCAGGCUUGAUAAGGUUAAAUGGUCAGGAGUUAGGACUCAGCAUAUGACAACGCCUUUUGUGGACGAGAUGUAUGCUUUGCUGAAGGAUACAUUGACCGAGUAUGAGGUUAUCAUUUGCCGAUGGCCAGAAUACAUAUAUGUUCUUGAGAAUGCUAUUGCAGAUGUUGAGAAAGCGGUAAUUGAUUCUCUUGAAAAGCAGUAUGUGGAGAUUUUGGCCCCACUUAAGGACUGUAUUGCCCCAAAGAAAUUCGGCCUCAAAUAUGUUCAGAAGCUAACAAAGCGCAAUUCAACAUGCCCUUAUAUUAUACCUGAAGAUCUGGGAAUCCUCUUGAAUACAAUGAAACGAUUACUGGAUGUUUUGCGGCCAAGGAUUGAGAGUCAUCUGAGGUCAUGGAGUUCCUGUAUGCCCAAUGGAGGAAAUACAGCUGCCAUUGGAGAAAGACUUAGUGAGGUUACUGUAACACUGAGGGCCAAAUACCGAAACUACAUGCAAGCUGUUGUGGAGAAGCUGUCUGAAAACACCCGAAUGCAAAAUACCACAAAGCUUAAGAAGAUCAUUCAGGAUUCAAAAGAAUUGGUUAUGGAGUCUGAUAUUCGCAGCAGGAUGCAGGCUUUGAAGGAUCAGCUAACCGAGGCUAUAAAUCAUGUGCACAAAGUUUCCGAAGUUCAUGUGUUUGUAGCCAUAUGCCGAGGUUUUUGGGACAGAAUGGGACAGGAUGUUUUGAGUUUCUUGGAGAAUCGCAAGGAAAAUAAGGCCUGGUACAAAGGUGCAAGAGUAGCAGUAUCUGUUCUGGAUGAUACAUUCGCAUCCCAGAUGCAGCAGCUUCUUGGCAAUACACUCCAGCAAAAGGAUCUGGAGCCACCUAGGUCCAUCAUGGAAGUUCGGUCGAUUCUCUGCAAAGACGCACCCCGACCGAAGAAUUCUAGCUUCUAUUAUUGAGCCUUUUAUGUGUAUAUAUACGAAUCAUCUGCAGCUUUUCGACGCAAGAAUCAGGGGAGGUGUCAUGUGGCGAAAUGGCCAGAGUGACAACGUGGAAACUUUUGUAAAGAGGAACAAAAGAAUACAACACAAGCUACUACAGGGUGCACCGUGGAAUACAUGAUCUUGGAGGGAAGCUAGUGUAUCGUGUUAAUCUGCCAAACAGUGCUUUGCUGCCUAACCAAGUUCAAAUAUAUAUCCAAUUCAUGUUGGGUGGUUUAAUUCGGAGAUUGGGCUGUAGCUCAUAGAAAGUAGUUUAGGUUAGCUGUGUUGAGUAGCACCUAGCUAGCUAAGCUUUCACAGUUACUAGUAUUCCCUUUUUGAACAUGUUGACCAGUAACAUUGGUUUAUAUAAUUUCUUCUAUCUUACCAAAAAAGCUGUGGACACGACCUUUGAUUGUCAAUGAUGUCCUUGCUGUAUAGUGUUGAACUGAUGGUAAUACAUGUCUGGCCGAGCUAGUGAAAGCCGGAUUUCCUGGUGAAA